AUGAGCAGCACGCAGUUCCCACGUCGUAACGGUUCGGAAAGACCGCCGGCGGCAGCUGGUUCCACAGAGUGGUUGUGCGAGGCAAGAAAUGCCUUGAAAAUCGCGCUGUUGUGGAACGCUGGACAUCGAGGUGGUGUGGAUGAAAUUUUUGGUUUUGGCGCGAUGUCCGAUGGUGAAAUUCAGCCGCCGGGAUUAAUCCAAACAAUUCCUCGGAACACUCCCCGUGAUAGAUGCGGUAGAAGAUGCAGAGUGAUCCAACAUCUCUACGCACAGCCAAAGGAUCAAGCCGAUCGGAAAGACAUUGAUCGUCAAAACCCCCAGCUGCCCUACGUUGGAUGCGGUCAAAUGGAAGAAGUUGGUAACAGGGGGCUCCAGCCCAGAGGUGAGAGCAGUACUCCAUGUGGGGCCGAAUUUGCGCCGCGCAUUUUU